AUGGCUGAAAAAAACAUUGUGUUAUUCCUUUGUUUUGUGACAAAUUUUCUUAUUGUUCAUUCUGACGUGUUAUGUGAAUGGGGAUUUUGUACAGAACAUCUAAAAAAAGAGACGAAUAAAUGUAGAGUGACUCCACCGGACUGCGGUUAUAACAAUGCAACACAUUCCGGGCUAACACUGCCAUCUCCUACAGUUUGUAACUGCUGUGAAUUUUGUCUACCUCUCUACGCUCGAGGUAAUGAGUGCAGCUUGGGCGGUCCUGGUGAUGGUAUGACCAUCGGUAGAUGUGGACAUGGACUCACUUGCGAUGAAGUAACGAGGACGUGUGUUAGAAUGAAGACAAAAUGUCACGACGCUCAAGAUGAUUAUGAUGCACGGUUCGCAAGGGGCGAGGUUGGAGCCUUUGAGCGAAGACCCUAUUGCGAUGGAAGGGGCAAAUAUGCAGCAUUUGAUUGUGUACCUACACAAACAUGUUUCUGUCAGUCUGAAGAAGGUGAGCGUUUGUUUGGCGAAGUUGUAUACACUGGAGCCCUACAAAAUAUGCCAUGUCGCUGUUCCAGAUUCAAUUACGAAAUCAUGAAGACAAUAGACAAAAACACCCCAUUCCCAGUGGCUGGGCCCAGGUGCACCUCGGAUGGAAAUUUCAAUCCUAUACAAUGUUUAAAUAACACCUGUCAUUGUGUGAAUAGAAUAACAGGAGAGAGACUUGGUUCAGAGGAAAUUAAUUUGGACAAUGAACCCAUUACAAGACUAAGUUGUUAUGAGAAACAAUUAGACCUGUUUCCUGAUCUGUCAGAAGGUGACCCGCCUUAUUCAACAAUGUCGCCGUGUUACAAGAGCAUUGAGGACAAAAAAUCAAUUAUCGAAAAUGGUUCUAAAAAUGGAUUUAUAAUGGACUAUUUCAAUACAUUUGACGAUUUGGAGUGUUUACCAGAUGGCACUAGUGGAAGAAUUGGGAUGUUAGCAAAUGGCAGUAAAGUAUGUAUCAACGAUCGAAACGAGCUUAUUGGUGAUUACAUUGCCAAUCCCAACACAUCUGAAUAUAAUAAUAUGGAUUGUAAAUGUGCAUUAACCCUCUCACUGAUGAGUUCUUCUGGAUCACGACCAAUUUGCUGCAGAAACGGUAAUUUCAGACAAAUCCAAUGUUAUCGUGGACGUUGUCGAUGUGUGGAUUCCAACGGGCGGCAAAUUGGCAAAGAUGAACAGAAUGUUCGCAAUUUGAAGUGUUUCUCGGAACUUGGAAAUAACUGGCAACAUUGUUAG